UGCUGCGCACUUGUGUGAAACAAGUAUGCCGCUGUUAACGAUGCUACUCCUGAUUCUGCUUCCUUCUUCAAUUCUUGCUGAAAGUGGUUCACCUUGUAAACAGAAAGAAUGUCCUUUACGCAUAAUAGAUGGAUGGGAGUUCUUCCGAAGACAUAUCAGUUUCUACCUAUUCGCAAGGACAUACAAAGUACCUGGAGCACUCAACGAUUCAAUUUGCGUCCAGUCGCCCCCUUGGGUCACGGUGAACACCGAGAAGCACGAGUUGCAAAGGACUUUCACUUAUCGGAACUUAAGCUCCACACACAAACUGCAUGAUGAUCAUGCUGGCGAAAUAACUAUCUGGCCGAUGGCCAAAUAUUUUAUGCAAUUUUACGAAAGAAAUACUAGCCAAAAGCAAAGUUCAGUAGAGAAGGAAAAGUACUACUAUGCUAACUCAACGACGAUUAUGACUGCCUACGGAUACGCUCUUGAGCCACCAAACUGGGAGUUCCUGUACACCUCCGAAAUUUGCGCAGUUAUCAGUGUGCGCCCAAAGGCAUUUAUUUCGACUGAUCAACCACAUGGAAGCAGCAAUCAAAGGAAGCCACAUUGUGAAUUGUGGCUUACCCAAAUGAUACAAGGUUACGAAAAGAGCGAAAAAGGACUAGCUGAUGCAUGUACUGCUUCCUUCACGAGGUUGUGCGACAUAUCACAAGUGCAAAUUCUCUAUUUCAGGAAGUUGUGUUCACGACAGCAAUAAAGUUAACAACGGUG